AGCCCACUAGCCUAUAAAAUACGAAUACAAAAACAAGAAACAAAUCUCUCUCUCUACUCUCUCUCUCCGACCCUGAAACAGAGGAAGCCGGCGGGAAGCCAUUAAAAGUAUUUGUGAGAUACAAUGUCCAUGGUUAAUGAGCCACUGUACCCAAUAGCUGUUCUGAUCAAUGAGCUUAAGAAUGAUGAUAUUCAACUUCGAUUGAAUUCAAUUCGGAGGCUAUCAACGAUUGCACGUGCUCUUGGGGAGGAGCGAACACGGAAGGAAUUGAUUCCAUUUCUGAGCGAAAACAAUGAUGACGAUGAUGAGGUGCUUCUUGCAAUGGCAGAAGAGUUGGGUGUGUUUAUUCCAUAUGUUGGGGGAGUGGAGCAUGCAAAUGUUUUGCUCCCACCUUUGGAAACCCUUUGCACUGUUGAGGAGACCUGUGUCAGGGACAAAGCCGUUGAGUCAUUGUGUAGAAUUGGAUCUCAGAUGAGGGAGAGUGAUUUGGUUGACUGGUUUAUUCCUCUGGUCAAGAGACUGGCAUCAGGUGAAUGGUUUACAGCCCGAGUCUCUGCCUGUGGAAUGUUUCAUAUUGCUUACCCUAGUGCCCCAGAGAUGUUAAAGACAGAAUUGCAGUCAAUAUACAGCCAGUUGUGUCAAGAUGACAUGCCUAUGGUGAGGAGGUCCGCUGCGACAAACUUGGGGAAGUUUGCUGCAACUGUUGAACCUGCUCAUCUCAAGACUGACAUCAUGUCAAUAUUUGAGGAUCUCACGCAGGAUGACCAAGAUUCUGUUCGCUUGUUAGCUGUUGAGGGCUGUGCUGCUCUUGGAAAAUUGUUGGAGCCCCAAGAUUGUGUUCAACAUAUUCUCCCUGUCAUUGUCAAUUUUUCUCAGGAUAAGUCUUGGCGUGUCCGCUACAUGGUCGCAAAUCAGUUAUAUGAACUUUGUGAAGCUGUGGGGCCUGAACCUACCAGGAUGGAUUUGGUUCCUGCAUAUGUGCGCUUACUUCGAGAUAACGAAGCUGAAGUACGUAUAGCAGCUGCUGGCAAAGUCACCAAGUUUUGCCGGAUUCUUAAUCCCGAACUUGCUAUUCAGCACAUUCUUCCCUGUGUAAAGGAAUUGUCAUCAGAUUCUUCUCAGCAUGUUCGCUCUGCUUUGGCUUCAGUUAUAAUGGGAAUGGCUCCUAUCUUAGGGAAGGAUGCAACAAUUGAGCAGCUUCUGCCAAUAUUCCUUUCCCUUCUGAAAGAUGAAUUUCCUGAUGUACGCCUCAACAUUAUAAGCAAACUUGAUCAAGUCAAUCAGGUUAUUGGAAUUGAUCUUCUGUCCCAAUCUCUAUUGCCGGCUAUUGUUGAGCUUGCUGAGGAUAGGCAUUGGAGGGUCCGGCUUGCGAUAAUAGAGUACAUACCUUUAUUGUCAAGUCAGUUGGGUGUAGGAUUUUUUGACGAUAAACUUGGUGCUCUCUGCAUGCAAUGGUUACAGGAUAAGGUUUACUCUAUCCGUGAUGCUGCUGCUAAUAAUUUAAAACGCCUUGCAGAAGAAUUUGGUCCAGAAUGGGCAAUGGAGCACAUUGUUCCACAGGUUUUGGAUAUGAUUAAUAAUCCACAUUAUUUGUAUCGGACGGCCAUUCUUCGUGCAAUUUCUUUACUUGCCCCUGUCAUGGGCUCAGAAAUCACAUGUUCAAAGCUACUGCCUGUGGUGGUUGCUUCAUCAAAAGACGGAGUGCCUAACAUUAAGUUCAAUGUGGCAAAGGUGUUGCAGUCCCUCAUUUCUAUCGUUGACCAAUCCGUGGUGGAAAAGACAAUCCGUCCAUGCUUGGUUGAACUCGCUGAGGAUCCAGAUGUCGAUGUUCGCUUCUUCGCGAACCAAGCACUCGAGUCAAUUGAUCAUGUCAUGAUGUCUAGCUAAGCAGGUGAAUUUCAAUUCUAAUCCACCUGUUGCUGUGGAUUAGAAGACCUUUCUUGCCAGGGUGGUUCCUAUUCUUUAUAUCUUUCUUGAUGCUUUGAGUGGCACUACUAUGUGACUAACCUGUUAGGGUCAUUUGUGGCUGCUGAAUUUAUAUGCGUUAUUUUUUUUAGUACCCUUGGGAUUGAAUUUUUUAUUUUUCCGUUUUCCGUAAACAGUUUUGUUAUUUGUGUAGAUGCUUAUUUAAAAAGUGGAAAAGAAAUUCUUUUUGCUCACUGAUUAAGAGGAGCCUCACA